ACGAAAAUAUUGUAAAUAUUAAAAUAUAAUAGAAUAUCUUUCAUAUUAAAUUUAAAAUGAGUUGCAGUAAAACGCAGGGAACAUGGAACGAUUUGGAGGAAAUGAAAUAUUUGCUUUGCGCUAUUGAGUGCUGCAAGUGUCCAUGUAUUCCACCCCCACCUGUAUGUUCUGUCCUAUUACCACCAAGAAUCGAAGAGUUACCUGCAUAUAUGCCUGUUCAGAGACCUUGUUGUCCUCCACCGGUUUGUCCACCGAUGCUUUGUUGUCCAGCACCACCACCUUGUCCAGUUUCGUUACCUUCUUGUGCGGCCUUACCUCCUUCUUGUCGAAUACCGAUAGUUCCUAGUCCUUGCAUUCCAUGUCCUCCAAUUUGUCCUUCAAGGGGUCCUCCACCAUUGCGUAUAGUAUCAUGUUGCCCAACUUCAUUACCAUGCUAUCCAGGUGAACUUUAUCACAAUAUUUAUUAUUAUAUUUAUUACUUCUUUGAUAAGAAAUGAUUUUUCUAUGUUAUUCUGAAAUUACAAAUCAGUACAAAUUACAAUUUUAUUGUUGUUUUACAUUUUUCAGUUUCUUACUGAUAACAUAUAAGAAAAAUAAAACUGUCUUUGAAGAGUUAAGAAUCUGUGA